AUGACUAAAGCUGACAAAUUCAUGAAAAUAUGUCAAAAUCAAGAAAAAAGUGUUGUUGAGUUUGGCUCGAACGCUUACAGAAACAAAGUCGAGAAAGAUAAGAAAGCCUUGACAUCUAUUGUUAAAACAAUAGUUUUGCUGGGAAAACAAAACAUAGCCUUUCGUGGCAAAACAGAAGAAAAAAGUAACUUCAGAGCUUUGAUAAAUUAUCGCGCUGAAGUAGACAGUGAUUUGCACGACCAUCUAGCAAAUUCUCCCAAACAUGCACAGUAUUUAAGCCCCUCUAUUCAAAACGAAUUCAUACAUAUAUGCGGCAAUCAGAUUUCGGACUCUAUCGUGCACCGUUGCCAAGAUGCGAGGUACUUUUCUAUUCUUGCAGAUGAAUCUGCUGAUGUCAGCAAUACAGAACAGUUUGCUUUUUGUCUGCGUUAUAUUGAACGUCAGAGUUCCGGGAAGCAUGUGAUCCACGAGGAUUUUCUUUCGUUUGUUCAGACAACAGAAACAACAGGUGAAACACUACACCAGUUGCUACUAGAUGAAAUACACAAACACAACCUGAACCCAAACUUUAUCGUUGGACAAGGUUACGACGGUGCUGGGAACAUGUCCGGUUGUCACCGUGGAGUGCAGGCAAGAUUUUCUGCAGAAUUUCCAAACGCAAAGUAUAUUCACUGUCGCAACCAUCGUCUAAACUUAGCAAGAUGUCAUGCUUGCAGGGUAGCGUUUGUGCAGUCGAUGUUUACCGUUGUUGGGGAUGUAUUGUUUUUUAUCACAAGUUCUCCGAAACGUCUCGGAGUUUAUAGCUCUCAUAACGAUGACGGAGAAGCCUUAAAGACGUUCUGCCCAACACGGUGGUCUCAGCACUCGGAAAGCAUCACUGCUUCUAUACCCACUUCAAGUCAAUUCUAG